UCCCUUUUCUAUAAUUCUAUAUCUUUCCAGCAGAAACAGAGAUCUGUUUAGAACUAUAAUAUUUGUGUGAUUAAUGGGAGACUCUUCUGCUUCAUACAUCCACCUGGUACAGCAUCUUAUAGAAGAGUGUUUGAUAUUCAACAUGAGCAAAGAAGAGUGCAUGGAAGCUUUAUCGAAGCACGCCGAUAUUAAACCAGUCAUAACUUCAACAGUUUGGAAUGAAUUGGAGAAAGAGAACAAAGAGUUCUUUGAGGCUUACAUAAGUGGCAGAAGCCAGAGAUCAAGUGAGAUAGAGAAAAGGCAAAGGAUUCAGAAGAGGCUUAAUGCUAUAACGAAGGAUUCAGACUAAUACCAGAAAACGACGUCGCAGGAAUAGAAUGAAGAAUUGUAGAGCUCAACAGUAGUUGGGAAGCGUGACGGCAUGUGGGAAUGUGGGAGCAGUGUAUGAACAAAACGGGAUUGCAUGAGGUGAUGGCACGUCCUACAAACGUGGCACCGCCCUCUUUGUUUGCUUUUGUAAUAGUGUCG